AAAAGAACAGACACCCCCCUUUAAGCUUUUUGCCGCGAAGAAGACGAUCGCAUUAUGGGCGUCUCUUCGCCGGAGAUAGACCACUGAUCGCCGAUGAUUGAUUUGUGAAGUGGAGAGAAUGGGUAAAGGUACGAUGAACGGAGUAUCAAAGUCCGUGUCACAUAAACUCUACAAAGACAGAGCAAAGAAUCGUGUCGAUGAUCUUCAAGGUAUGUUAACAGAUCUACAAUCAGCGAGGAAGGAGAGUCGCACGGUUGAUAUGACGGUACUGGAAGAACAGGUUAAUCAGAUGCUUCGUGAAUGGAAGGCUGAACUUAACGAACCUUCUCCAGCUCCUUCUUUACAGCAGGAUGGAAGUCAUGGUUCGUUUUCCUCGGAAAUUUAUAGGUUGCUGCAUAUGGGUGAGGAAGAAGAUGAUGCUACUAGUACUCUAGCUGUUCCUAAGCUUGAAUCAGACAAUAAAAAACCUGUCUUUGAAGAGGGUUUCAAUGGGAUUCAGGGGUUACAGCAACCAACAAUUCAAUUUGUCGAUGAGUUUAAAGGCUCCCCUUCAGGAGUGAAUAACUUGUGUUUUAAUUCUCAGUUGGACUAUCAACCAUAUGAGUUACUUCAAGAUGUCGAAACCAAUUAUCUUAGUUUUAAUGAUAUGGUUCUGUGUGGAGAGGAUGGUAUUCAUCAAAUUAUAUGCCCUCCACCUUCUGCAUUCUUGGGUCCAAAAUGUGCACUUUGGGAUUGUCCAAGGCCAGCUCAAGAAUGCCAAUCCUAUUGCAGUAACUUUCAUGCAGCUUUAGCGAUGAUUGAGGGUCCACCUGGUAUGACUCCUGUUCUUCGUCCUGGAGGUAUUGGGCUGAAAGAUGGUUUACUUUUUGCUGCGUUAACUGCAAAAGCAGAAGGUAAAGAUGCUGGCAUUCCCGAGUGUGAAGGGGCAGCAACUACAAAGUCCCCGUGGAAUGCUCCUGAGCUCUUUGAUAUAACUGUUCUUGAAGGCGAAACAAUUAGAGAAUGGCUAUUUUUUGACAAACCUCGAAGGGCAUUUGAGAGUGGGAAUAGAAAGCAAAGGUCACUACCGGACUACUAUGGACGAGGCUGGCAUGAAUCAAGGAAGCAAAUAAUGAAUGAAUUUGGGGGGCUUAAGAGAUCGUACUAUAUGGAUCCACAACCUAGAAAAGACUUUGAAUGGCAUCUAUAUGAGUAUGAGAUCAGUAAAUGUAAUGUUUGUGCAUUGUAUAGGCUGGAAUUUAAGCAAGUUGAUGGGAAGAAAAUUACGAAAUCAAAGAUAACCAAAACAAAUGAUUCAGUUGCUGAUCUGCAGAAGCAAAUGGGAAGACUUACUGCUGAAUUUCCCUUUGACAAUAAACGGGCUUCCAAAGGGAGGAGUUCGAAUACAAAUACAAAUUCAAAGGCGGUUGGUAUUGGGAAUCCUAAUUCCGCAAGUGAUGUGAUUGAACCUUAUGGUGAUUACUUAACUUAGCUGGUUCGGAUAUGGAAGACAUUCGGCUUUAUAGGUGCCAAAUAUUAUAGUAAAGUGGAUAUACCAAGUUAUUGCUUCUAUAUGAUGGCAAGAGGAUUGAUCUGGUUAUAUGCUUUUAUAUAGUGUUUGUGUUAUGUUUUGGAGAUGCUAACGGUUUGGAAGUUCCUUUGCAUUUGCUUGUGACACAUUUAUGACGACGGUUGGGUUGAACUUUCUAUUUGGUAGCCAAUUAAGAAUACAUAUGUAAAUACUUUUCGGGUUUGUGCUGAUGAUACUUGCUUCUAUUUUCGAUACUUCUGAAGGAUUUUUUAUUUAUUU